AUUACUGUGGUUGUGGUAUACACAUAUUAUAGUUUAUUAAGUAUUAUCAUAUUAUUGAGGUUAGCUUGGUGUAGUAAAUUGUCGGAAUAAUUUGAUCUUUCAGUUGAUUCAAUUUGUUUACUAUUUAACAUUCAUUUUGUUCACAAAAGUCUAUAAACAUCAAUUGGAACUAUGUAAGUAUUUUAGGUACUCUAUAAUAUCUCGGAAAUUCAUAGUAAUAUGUAUUUGUAAUAUGUGUAUCUAUUGCUUCAUAUAAUUAUUAUAAAUAAAUAAACAAACAUUAAAAUGAUUUCAAUAUAUUUUUAUUAUUGUCCUAACAAAUUGUUUUAAUAAACUACUUGGUAUAAUUGUACGUAUUGCUAGAAAAAAAAAAAUUAAAAAUCUUUUGAUUUUUCUCUGGGUUAAAUUAGGUAGGUAUUAUUAAUUCGCUUUUGUUAAAAAUGCAUAAGUGUUAACUUAGGACAUUAAUUUAUUAAGUCUCCUAAAUAUAUUGCUGUAAUUCUUACAAUAUAAUGCUGCAUUAGUAAAUUCUGUUUUUGGAAAUAAUUGAAAUUUAAAUAGUUAUGGUAGAUACUCUUAUGUGAAAAGAUAUUAUCUAUUUGAUAUUUUUUAUAAAAAAAAUUAAAAACUAAGUAUAAUAAAAUUUAUACAUUAAAAACAAAAUCAGGAAUAGUUUUGAAUUUUGUGUUUAUAGUCAACUAUAAAAAAUUUUACAUUAGAUAAUUCUACGAAUAAGAAAAAAAAAAAAUAGUCACUUGAUUUAAAUUAAAUUAUUUUGAAAUAUUCUAAGUUUAAAUUGGUAUUAUGAUGCCUAUUCUUAACUUGUAUAUGUGAAUUAUAUGUUUUUAUUAUUAAGUUAGCUUAUAAGAUAUAACUAUUAUUUUAUUUCAAGCUAUUGUAUUAUAAUUAUACUUUAAAUGUGUUUUUGUACAGGGCUGCUGUAGCAAAUAAACCUAAGUCAGAAAUGACCCCAGAGGAGUUGGCAAAACGUGAAGAAGAAGAAUUCACUACUGGUCCCAUGUCUGUACUGACCCAAUCAGUUCGUAAUAAUACUCAAGUUUUGAUAAAUUGCCGAAAUAACAGAAAACUUUUAGCAAGAAUUAAAGCAUUUGAUCGUCACUGCAAUAUGGUGUUGGAAAAUGUACGAGAAAUGUGGACUGAGUUACCAAAAACUGGCAAGGGAAAAAAGAAGGUACAUUUAAUAGUUCAAAUUAAAUUGUAUAUUAAAUGUGUAAGUAUAAAAAAAUUAGUUUUAUUAAAUUUAUUUAUUUGUUUUAGGCUAAAGCAGUAAGUCGAGAUAAGUAUAUUUCGAAAAUGUUUUUACGAGGUGAUUCAGUUAUUUUAGUUGUAAAGAAUCCGAAAGAAGCAGUUCGUCAACAACCACCAGCCCCUUGAAAUUUAUAUAUUUUUAAUUAAUUUAAGAAUAUAUGCAUUAAAAAUAUAUUAUGUAUAAUAUAUAUGCAUUACUUUAACUGCUCUAUAUCUGUAUUAUGAUUAAACAAUUUCCACUGAAUUUCAUUCAGUGGAAAUUGACACUUCUAAUUUUGUAAAAUAUGCAGUUUAAACUUCAUUAAUGUAUUUCAAAUGUGUUUAUACUAAAUAUUAUUAUUGCAAUGUUCUAAUACGGUGUAGUUCUUUUUAAGUUCAUUUACACUUCAAUAUAAAAUAUAAUAUAGGCUACUUUAGUCAAAUAAUCAUACUGGGGCCUUUUUUUCUGUUUAUAACCCAAUUAUUUUUUUAAAAUUGAGUAAUGAAUAUAAAUAAAUAAGUAAAAUAUACUUUCUAAAGACAAAAAAAAAAAACACGAAAAAUUUAAUUGUACUUGUAUUUCAAUAAUUAUUUUAUAUGAAAUCAAGUAAAUUAAAUUAAAUUUGUAUAUAAAAUCAUUGCAUGAAAUUAUUAAUUAAAAAAGUAACUGAAUAACAAAAACCACAUUGCUAUUCAAUUAAAAGAUCAUUUUUUAAAUAUAAAAAAAUAAGAUAUUUAAAUAAUUGUACAAAUUACUAGAUGUUACAUUUUGACAUUAUUUGGUUUUAUAUAAUUUGUACAGGUCAGGGGACCAUCCGAUUAAAGUUUUGGCAAUAGGUGGGUGUCAGUGGUGAGAAACAUACUUAAUAUAAGUAGUAUUUGUAGAAAAUAUAAAUAAAAAAUAGUACUAUAAAUUAUGCAAUAAUGUGUUCAUGUUAUAUAAUAUAAUAAUCGGGGUUUUUGCCUGGGUAUUUUUAAACUAUUUAAAUUUAACUCUCGAAGUUAAUAGCAAAGAUAAAGUCCCUUUUUUUAAAAAUCAUUACUUAAAUGUACAUUAGAAUAAAUUUAAGUAAAAUGUUUUUUAGAAUAUUUUAAAUAAACAACAUAAUAAAAUGUACACUACUGUGUAUUUUUAAUCGCAAUAAAACUUGAUAUGUAUUUACAUUAAAAUAUACAUUUUUUAAGUAAAACUUUUGUCAGCAAC